AGGGGUCUGAUCGUGUCGCUCCGCCCUGACAUCAGACAGGAAGUGAAUAGAGACGGACUGAGAACAGACUAGAGUUCACCACACACACUUUCAUGAAAUAAACUCAUGAAAUAUCAGCUGAGCUCAACAACACACACUACAGAAGUCAGCAGACUCCCCAGAAGCGCGGCAGACGAACGGAGGAGAUGAGACGCGCGCUUUACUCUUCUGAACUAGUUUAACUAGCGCUACACGAGAGGAGAAACGUGGUGAUGGCGCAGGAGAGCGUGGUGCAGUACGAGCCGGUGGCAGAGAUCGGCGGAGGGGCUUAUGGGACGGUGUACAAGGCUCGAGACAGAGACAGCGGGCAGUUUGUGGCUCUGAAGAGUGUGAGAGUGCAGACCAAUCAGGACGGGAUUCCUCUGUCCACGGUGCGAGAGGUGGCUCUGCUCAAACGACUGGAGCAGUUCGACCACCCCAACAUCGUCAGGCUGAUGGACGUGUGUGCCACACUGAGAACAGACCAGGAAACUAAAGUGACUCUAGUGUUUGAGCACGUGGACCAGGACCUCAGGACGUUCCUGGAGAAGGUGCCAGCACCUGGACUGCCCAUCCAGCAGAUCAGAGAUCUGAUGCAGCAGCUGCUGUGUGGUCUGGCGUUCCUGCACUCGAAUCUAGUUCUCCAUCGGGACCUGAAGCCGGAGAACAUCCUGGUGACCAGCAGAGGGCAGGUGAAGCUGGCUGACUUCGGGCUGGCGCGGAUCUACAGCUGCCACAUGGCGCUCACACCGGUGGUGGUGACGCUGUGGUAUCGCUCUCCGGAGGUGCUGCUCCAGACCACCUACGCCACACCGCUGGACAUCUGGAGCACUGGCUGCAUCUUCGCUGAGAUGUUCAGACGCACACCUCUCUUCUGUGGAGAUUCAGAGGUGGACCAGCUGAGCAAGAUUUUCUCAGUGAUCGGCCUGCCGGCUGAAGACCAGUGGCCCGAUGAUGUCACUCUGUCCUGGAAGAACUUCAGCCCCCAGACCCCUCGGCCAAUCACAGACUGCGUUCCUGAGAUCACUGAGAAGGGGGCGGAGCUCUUAUUGGAAAUGCUGACGUUUGACCCGUUGAAGCGAAUCUCAGCGCUGAAUGCUUUGGAGCAUCCGUUCUUCACCGAAUGAGAGCUUUAUUCCCAUCAGGUCACAGCUGCCAGUGUUCUCCGUGUUCAUUCAUGAUAGACUUCAACUGUUAAGUGUCAUAUUGCUCUGCCUUUACUGUGCAUUGUGGCUCAGUGGAACAUUAUCAUUAGCAGGUGCUACCACUCCACCUUUCAUUUCUGUGUGUGUGUGUGUGUGUGUGUGAGACUCUUAUCCCGUGUCCAGCAUCAGUGUUCUGGUUUCACUGCCGCUCUGUAUGUUUUGCAGCAGACCAAAUCUAGGUAAACAGCCUCUAAAGGUCACUGAUUAGUGAUCAGGAAAGUAAACUCUGCUUAGACUGACGCAAAACAAAACCACCAUUAUAGUCAAAAUUAUGACUUCCUCAUUUCUAUACGUUCUUGUCCAACUGUAAUAAAAUGAUUUGUUUAUAAA